CGUUCUCAUUCCCUCGUAAGGUUCAGAUAGGAUGCAACUCUUACCGUUUACUCAGUCACCGUACCACACACACUCUCACUCACCACUUCCACCAGCACAACCGCAACCGCCGUUCUCAUCCCACCGCUCACUCCGUCGCAUCUCAUCCCAUCCAUGCCCCCCUACCCUUCUCCCCAAUCCAAACCUGUCCAAACUUGGUAGCCCGCCCACCCCGGCCAAGUCCCCGUUCCAGUGUUCCAGUGUUCCAGUGUUCCAGUCCCAGUUCCGGGGGGGGGGGUUGCCAACUUGCCAGAGAGGGAGGGUGUGUAUCUACGCCCUAUGUGCGUGGAGUGUGUAUGAAUGCUCGUGUGGUAAGAUAGCGCGCGUAUGUGUGUGUGUGUGUAUGUGAGGUGCAAGGUGUGAGCAAGCCUGAACAAACCUCAUUCUCACUCUCACAUCUGCGUCUCAAGACAAAUCAACCAACUUCCAACAAGCUUC